AUGCUUUCCAAUCACAACACCAUUAAUACACUCAACACUUAUCACUAUUUCCACUGUUUUUGGCCUAAAUGUCAAUACAAGACAUCAUUUAAACAGAAUUUAACUGAACAUCAAUUAAUACAUUCAAAUACAAAAAAAUUUAAAUGUGAUUUUCUUAAUUGUAAUAAAAGUGUACACACGGGUGAGACACCAUUUGUAUGUGAUUUCAAUGAUUGUGGUAAAAGAUUUACACAAAAAUCUCAUUUACAACGACAUAAGGGCAGGCAUUUGAAUAUCAGAUGA